AUGAAGGAUGCAAUUCUUAAAGCGUAUCAGCUAAGUGCUGAGUAUUAUAGAAACCGUUUUCGAAAUUGUAUUAAAGAACAGAACCAGUCAUUUGUAGAGUAUAUGCAUAAAAUUUCUAAACUGCAAACUCGUUGGUUAUCUGCAAGUAACGUCAAUGAUUAUAAUAAAUUCAAGGAACUUGUGUUGUUGGAACAAUUCAUAAGGGGAGUGUCGCCAGAAAUUCGCAUGUACCUGCUGGAGCGCGAAGUCAGUACAGUUGAGAGAGCAGCUUUGUUAGCUGAGAAUUUUAACUUGAUUUCUAAAAGUAAAGUAAAUGUAAGUAAAUGCUCUCACCCCUCCGCAUUCGCUCCGUCUGUGGAUGGUAAGUCUGUUGGGCAGAAUAGCUUGAAUUCUGACUUUGUGGCAAAGAAAAGUGGCUAUGGUAAAGGGACGGGUUCUGGAUGGUCGUCUGGAUGUUUUUACUGUAAGAAAACCGACCAUAUUAAGGCAAAUUGCCCUAAAUUGAUGAGGAAGGGACAAGUGUCAGAGCCUAAACCUGUAGCUAAUUACACCUUUGUAUCAACAGACAAUGUCCAGGAUCUGUCGCAGCGUACCUCGAGCGAUCAUGAUUCAUUUCAGCCUUUCAUCUUCUCUGGUUCCGUGGCCUUAGAUGAAGCUAGUCCUUCUGUUCCCGUGUCUGUAUUUCGUGACACUGGUGCUUCACAUAGUGUCGUUUUGAAGGAGGCAGUUCCUUUUCUGGAGGAUGCAUACACUGGGAAGUAUGUGGUAGUGGAAGGUUUUGGAGGGUGCGUUACAGUGCCCCUUUGUAAGCUUUAUCUGAGGACGGAUUUGGUGAGUGGACCUGUUGUAGUAGGUGUUCAUGAUUCGUUGCCUAUUAAGGGAGUAUCAUUUUUGAUGGGGAAUGAUAUUGCGGGGAUUCGACUGCUACCUAAUCCUGUUGUUUGUCCGUUCCCAGUUGCUUAUGAUCCUGCUGUAGAUGUUGCAAGAAUUAAUCCAGGACUUUUUCCAGCAUGUGCUGUAACGAGAAGUCAGGCGAAGAAGUUGCCAAGGCUAUCUGAUAGAAGUGUUGGUCAGAAUGAGCUUGGUCUUGAAUGUCUAUUUGGUGAUGAAGCUGCUGCUGUUGAGAAAUCUGAUGAAUCUCUAAGGUCACUACGUAAUACAGCCGUGUCAAAAUCAGAGGUUCAGUCAUUGCCAUCAGGGUAUUAUCUAAAUUCAGGGAUAUUGAUGAGGAAAUAUAGACCACCUGAAGUACCGGCAACCGAUUCGUGGCACGAAGUUUUUCAAGUGGUGGUACCAACUUGUUAUCGACCUAAAGUUAUUAGUUUGGCUCACGAUUUGGGUGGAGGGCACUUGGGUAUCAAGAAGACACUCGAUAAAGUCCUCAGAUAUUUCAAUUGGCCAGGUGUUACGUCAGAUGUAACGAGAUAUUGUCGAACUUGUGAUAUUUGUCAAAGGGUUGGUAAACCUAACCAAGUUAUCCCACCUGCACCUCUUAAGCCUAUCCCUGCAUUUGAGGAACCAUUCUCAAGGGUAAUCAUUGAUUGCGUUGGACCUCUUCCCAGAACAAAGAGCGGAAAUUGGUUUUUACUUACCCUCAUGUGUGCCAGUACUAGGUACCCCGAGGCAAUUCCUUUGAAACGAGCUACAUCUCGUACUAUCGUCCCAGUCUUGAUCAAAUUUUUUACACAGUAUGGUAUGCCACGUGUAUUGCAGUCCGAUCAGGGAAGCAAUUUUUGGUCAGUAAUGUUUCAGGAAGUAAUGAAAUUGUUACACGUUAAGCAGUAUAGUGCCACAGCUUAUCGGCCACAGACGCAAGGUGCCCUUGAAAGGUACCAUCAAACACUUAAGAGUAUGCUCACGAAAUAUUGUCAUGAAACGGGCAGUGAAUGGGAUCUAGGAGUGCCUUUAAUGUUGUAUGCCAUAAGAUGUACUAAGCAGGAGAGUCUCGGGUUCUCACCAUAUGAAUUGUUAUUUGGGAGAGACAUCCGCGGACCCAUGAAAUUAUUGUAUGAAAGCUGGAUAGGUAUUGAAAAUUCAGGGUCUCUAAGUGAUUAUGUGGUAAAAAUGAAGACCAGAUUGCAACACCUUCAAGAAUUUGCUCAUAAGAAUUUAGAAAGAGCACAGUGCUCAAUGAAGGGAACAUAUGAUAGAAAUGCAAUUGAACGAGAAUUUGGUAUUGGGGAAAAAGUGCUAUUGUUUUUACCUGUUAGAAAACAACCAUUAACUGCAAAAUAUCAGGGACCUUUCAAAGUAGAUGCUAGUGACGUGGCUGCAGGAUCAGUUUUGUUGAAGGAAGAAAGAGACGGGGUUCUGCACCCGGUCUGUUACUCGUCUGCGAAGUUCAAGCCGCACCAAACUCACUCUAGCACGAUCGAAAAGCAAGCUGCCGCUCUUCUCAUGGCUCUUGAAAAGUUCGAUGUGUCCUUGAGUUGCACACCAUACGAGAUUGGAGUCUUUAGUGACCAUAACCCACUUCAUUUCCCGUUUUCUAGCGAUCAGCUGUUUUUGACAGUACUGGGUAUGGGCAGUGACUGUGAGAGACGGUGGAUGUCAUUCCCUGCAUCAGUUUGCUUUUUAAUGCCUCCGAGGAUUCCAUUUCCUAGAGAGAACCUUGUUAUAAGGAUCUGCAAGAAGGAGCCCAUAACAUCCUUCACCGAAUCGUCUUUUCUUCACGACAGGACGCUGCCACUCUGCGCAUCAAUAACAAGCCACAAAGUCCUUCUAAAUCUCUUAUGCUUUGAAUAUCGUCUAAGGAAUUUCCCUUUCCAGCAUCUUGACCUAAUGGAAACUACCCUUUUUCCCGUGUCGUAA